AUGUUGUGGAUAAUUCUUCUAAGCACAAUUGCUUUAGGAUGGACUACCCCGAUUCCCCUGAUAGAGGACUCAGAGGAAAUAGAUGAGCCCUGUUUUGAUCCAUGCUACUGUGAAGUUAAAGAAAGCCUCUUUCAUAUACAUUGUGACAGCAAAGGAUUUACAAAUAUUAGUCAGAUUACUGAGUUCUGGUCAAGACCUUUUAAAUUGUAUCUGCAGAGAAAUUCAAUGAGGAAAUUGUACACCAACAGUUUUCUUCAUUUGAAUAAUGCUGUGUCCAUUAACCUUGGGAACAAUGCAUUGCAGGACAUUCAAACAGGAGCUUUCAAUGGUCUUAAGAUUUUAAAGAGACUAUAUCUUCACGAGAACAAACUAGACGUCUUCAGAAAUGACACCUUCCUUGGCUUGGAAAGUCUGGAAUAUCUUCAGGCAGACUACAAUGUCAUUAAACGUAUUGAAAGUGGGGCAUUUCGGAAUCUAAGUAAAUUGAGAGUUCUGAUUUUAAAUGAUAAUCUCAUUCCCAUGCUUCCGACAAAUUUAUUUAAGGCUGUCUCCUUAACCCACUUGGACCUGCGUGGAAACAGGUUGAAAGUUCUUUUUUACCGAGGAAUGCUAGACCACAUUGGCAGAAGCCUGAUGGAGCUCCAGCUGGAAGAAAAUCCCUGGAACUGUACAUGUGAAAUCGUGCAACUGAAGAGUUGGCUGGAACGCAUUCCUUACACUGCCCUGGUGGGAGAUAUCACUUGCGAGACUCCUUUCCAUUUUCAUGGAAAGGACCUGCGAGAAAUCAGGAAAACAGAACUCUGUCCCUUGUUGUCUGACUCUGAGGUGGAGGCUAGUUUGGGGAUUCCCCACUUGUCAUCAAACAAGGAGAAUGCAUGGCCAACUAAGCCUUCCUCGAUGCUGUCCUCUGUCCAUUUUACUGCGUCUUCUGUUGAAUACAAGUCCUCCAAUAAACAGCCCAAACCCACCAAACAGCCUCGAACACCAAGGCCACCGUCCACAUCUCAAGCUUUAUACCCUGGUCCAAACCAACCUCCUAUUGCUCCUUAUCAGACCAGACCACCCAUUCCCAUUAUAUGCCCUACUGGGUGUACAUGUAAUUUGCAUAUCAAUGACCUUGGUUUGACUGUCAACUGCAAAGAGCGAGGAUUUAAUAACAUUUCUGAACUUCUUCCAAGGCCUCUGAAUGCCAAGAAACUGUACCUGAGUAGCAAUCUGAUUCAGAAAAUAUACCGUUCUGAUUUUUGGAAUUUCUCUUCCUUGGAUCUCUUACAUCUGGGGAACAAUCGUAUUUCUUAUGUCCAGGAUGGGGCCUUCAUCAACCUGCCUAACCUAAAGAGCCUCUUUCUCAACGGCAACGACAUCGAGAAGCUGACUCCAGGAAUGUUCCGAGGCCUACAGAGUCUGCACUACUUGUACUUUGAGUUCAACGUCAUCCGGGAAAUCCAGCCUGCAGCCUUCAGCCUCAUGCCCAACUUGAAGCUGCUAUUCCUCAACAAUAACUUGCUGAGGACCCUGCCAACAGAUGCCUUUGCAGGCACAUCCCUGGCUCGGCUCAACUUGAGAAAGAACUACUUCCUCUAUCUUCCAGUGGCUGGUGUCCUAGAACACUUGAAUGCCAUUGUCCAGAUAGACCUCAAUGAGAAUCCUUGGGACUGUACCUGUGACCUUGUUCCUUUCAAACAGUGGAUCGAAACCAUCAGCUCAGUCAGUGUGGUGGGUGAUGUCCUAUGCAGGAGCCCCGAGAACCUCACCCACCGUGAUGUGCGCACUAUUGAACUGGAAGUUCUCUGCCCAGAGAUGCUGCACAUGGCACCAGCUGGAGCAUCCCCAGCUCAGCCCGGAGAUGCUCACCUUGCUGGGGGACCGACGAGUGCAUCACCUUAUGAGUUCUCUCCCCCUGGGGGUCCUGUGCCACUUUCUGUGUUGAUUCUCAGCCUGCUGGUUCUGUUUUUUUUAGCAGUCUUUGUUGCUGCAGGCCUCUUUGCCUAUGUCCUCCGACGGCGCCGGAAGAAGCUGCCCUUUAGAAGCAAGAGGCAGGAAGGCGUGGACCUCACUGGCAUCCAGAUGCAAUGCCACCGACUUUUUGAGGAUGGUGGAGGUGGUGGAGGUGGAAAUGCAGGUGGGGGCCGACCAACUCUUUCCUCUCCAGAGAAGGCCCCUCCUGUGGGUCACGUAUACGAGUACAUUCCUCAUCCCGUUACUCAGAUGUGCAACAACCCCAUCUACAAGCCUCGCGAGGAGGAGGAGGUGGCUGUUUCAUCCGGGCCAGAGGCAGGGGGUGCAGAACGUGGGGUUCCUGCAACACAACCCCCGGGAAUGGGGGAGGUUCUCCUAGGAAGUGAGCAGUUUGCUGAGACACCCAAGGAGAACCACAGCAACUACCGGACCUUGCUAGAAAAAGAAAAGGAGUGGGCGCUGGCAGUGUCCAGCUCCCAGCUCAAUACCAUAGUGACCAUGAAUCAUCAUCAUCCUCACCCUCACCACGCAGCAGUCGGUGGGGUUUCCGGGGUCGUUGCGGGAACUGGGGGAGACUUGGUUGGGUUCCGCCACCACGAGAAUGGCGGGGUGGUGCUGUUUCCUCCCGGGGGAGGUUGUGGCGGCAGCAGUAUGCUGCUAGACCGAGAGAGGCCACAGCCAGCCCCCUGUACGGUGGGGUUCGCGGACUGCCUCUACGGCACAGUGCCCAAGUUAAAGGAAUUGCAUGUCCAUCCCCCUGGCAUGCAGUACCCAGACUUACAGCAGGACGCCAGGCUCAAGGAAACCCUUCUCUUCUCGGCUGGAAAGGGCUUCACAGACCACCAAACGCAAAAAAGUGAUUACCUCGAGUUAAGGGCCAAACUUCAAACCAAGCCGGAUUACCUCGAAGUCCUGGAGAAGACAACAUAUAGGUUCUAA